UGACACAAGCCUUGAGGCGGUGCUUUGAACAACAGCAUUGGGAAAGCUCGGCACGGUGUCGAUACGUCACUAUUGAGCAGCCUAUCACUAGAAGAGGGCAAAUGCAGAAACAACCAUGCAGGAGAGCCGCGAAGAAAAAUUAAAUUAUAUCAUGGGAAAAAUUAGGCCCUUUAAUGAUUUCCCAUCCAAGGGCGUCCUAUUCAGAGACAUUUGCCCAUUAAUGAAAGACCAUAAAGCUCUGUGUGCUACAAUUGAUUUGUUUGAAGAAUAUGUGAAGCAGACCUAUCCAAUGGUUGAUUUCAUUGUGGGGUUGGAUGCACGAGGUUUCCUCUUUGGUCCUCUUUUGGCACAGCGAUUGGGUGUGGGAUUUGUUUUGGUUCGUAAGAAAGGUAAACUCCCAGGUCCCACUGAGUCUGUUUCAUACACACUGGAAUAUGGCCAGGCUGAAGUGGAGGUCCAGGCAGAUGCAGUUGAGAAAGGACAGAGAGUUCUCCUUAUAGAUGACCUUAUUGCCACUGGAGGUUCGCUUCAUGCUGCCCGUGAGUUGAUGAAGAAAUGUGGAGCUGAGGUACUUGGGUGCCUUGUUCUCAUUGAACUGAAGGGCUUAAAGGGAGUGGAGAGGCAAGGAUCCACUCCAGUGUUCUCUCUUUUUCAAUAUUAAAAUCAGGAUUGUAGUUCUGUUCCCAGCAAUCUGUAUGUCUCAGAAUAAUUGUUUACAGCUAUUCUUCCAAUGCUUGACCUAAAGGACCCCGUUUAGAAUUUUCUGGAUUUUAUUUGGUAAUAGGAAUGUUUGUAGAAAGGUUAAGACUGAAAAUCAUUUUAACCGUGAACACAUAUGCACUCAAAAUACUGAAUGUCUCUGCCUAAGCCGAUACUGUUUGAAAGGGCCCACAUAAAUGAGGAGUGUGUAAACUUCCCAGAAAACACUCCCUGAUCUUGAAGCUGUCAGCAGCAAAACAUAAUGGAAGAGAGUAUGCUAUUACAUUUUCAUCUUUAGAUAAAACCAACCCUAAUAAAGUAGUUUGUGGAGGUACUGUUAUUUUUUACUGGUCAUGGUAUGGUCCUAGGGUGUCCGUUUUCCCCUUUAUACACUUUACUAAGAAACAUGUAACUCUCGAGUCCAGUGCUGCUUUUCUUUCUGCCAUGUGCCUGUGUUGAGCACUGCACUUUUGUAUUACUUAUUUGUUACCACCUUUAUGCUAGAUAUUAUUCUCCAUUAGAACUGUCUAGUAGUUUUUACAUAAAAUUAAACAUAUAAACUAAAUUCCAAGAGUUCUGACACUAGUGCUGUGUGUAGUUGGAGUCAGCAAGAUAUCUGUAUGGCAGUGUACAUUCAAUGAUGAUUGGAUACAUGAAAGGUAUUUCUUACAAAACACCCAAAAAUGCUUUGCUUCAUCAGUAAUGUUAAUUUUUACUAACCUCAUGACAGAUAUGGUUUAUUUGAAUAUACAAUGCUGUGACAGGGUUAAUGCUACAAGAAAGUGUUCAGAAGUCAGUAUUUGCGUCAAGAUGUUUUCAUUUUAGGGCCAUUUUAUUUCUAAAAUUUUUAAACAAUCCUUUUUGUGGAUUAUAUAAAUUAGCAUGUCAGUCGAUUGAGAAAAUGAGGGUAUAUGUGGUUGGUGGCGAUUAACUUUGCACUUCUGCAGCAAUUAUGUCUAAGGGCCACCUUUGAUACGACACAGAAUGGUUUCUUGCCAUGAUUGACUAUUUAUGACAAUGGCAUCUUUAAAGGAUGAGGUUAUGCUGUGUUAGGCAGCAGUUAGUUACUAGUCACCAAAGCUACUGCGUUUUUAAAACCCCUGUGAAUUGUAUUUGUCAAGUCUAAAUGUUGAUUUUAUCCUUUCAUAACUUAAAAGUACAUUUUGUAAAAAAGCAUGAACCAUUGAUAUUUCAUAAAAGCCAAUGACUUAUCAAUAAUAAAUAUCAUUGUUCUGUAACCCCA